UCCAAACAAUACCUGACCACCCACACGGUGGAUGACGCCCACAUCACAGACAUAUUCUCACUGGCAGCAACGCCAAGGACACUCAUCUCGGCCAGCGGCUCUUCGACGCUUCACGUCCACGACACCACUGAUCCCUCGUUUCCCCUGCGGCAGUCCAUCCCUAAUGCCCACAAGCUAGGCUGCCACCAUGUCUGCACAUCACGCAACGGCCUGUACGCCGCCAGCGCUGGCUUCGGAGGCGAAGUCAAGAUCUGGGAGCUGAACAAGGAGACUGGUGACUGGAACAGCGGCGGUGAAGUCACGGGUCCCACAGUCAAGCCUGGUGAAGUGUGGGCGAUUGCUCUCAGCGAGGACGGAGGCUACCUGGCGAGCACCACAAACGACGGGAGGAUCAAUGUGUGGGAUGUCGCGGACCAGAGCAAAGCCAAGAUUCGCGAGUACGAGACGGGGAGCGCCGGCUCGGGCAGCUUUGGCAUGUGCGUGGAUCUCAGCAGAGACGGAAAGUUCACGGCCAGCGGACACCAGAACGGCUCAGUCUACGUGUUCAAUAACGACACGGGAAGGAUACUGUAUUCCUUGUCCGGCCUUGCUAAGCCUGUCCGGGCCGUGGCAAUAUCGCCUGCCGGCAGCAGGGUGGCCGCAGCGGGCGAUGCUGGCAUCAUCGCCAUAUACGAUACAAAGCACGGCGAGCACGUCGGCAACCUGACUGGCCACUCGUCAUGGAUCACUUCACUGGACUGGAGCGACACGGGAGAAUAUCUGCUGAGCGGCUCGAUGGAUGGCAAGGUGAAGGUGUGGUCGAUUGAGCGCGGCGUUUGUGUCGCGACGCACAGCGAGACGGACAAGGCGCUCUGGGCCGUUCGGUGGCUGCCCAAGACUGGACGCAGCGAGAUGUUUUGCACAGCCGGCGCAAACAGGAGCAUUUCAUUCUACAGGGAGGCUACAGGCAGCUGA